CUUAGGCAGCUGAAAGAAAUGGAUGAAGCUUAUUUGGAAGUAUAUUCUUUGGAAGAGUUGUGUUUAGCACCGAUAGAAACAAUAAUAACAUUGUUCACUGUAAAGUAUUGCGAAUCUAAAAUCAAUAUUAAACUUAUACUGAACAAAAAGAAGCCUCUUGAACGAGCAUAUAUGAUAAAUAUUUCCAAUUUUGUAUACGAAGUUAUGGAUACAAAUAGAAUCCCAUAUCAUGCAAGUUCUUGCGAAUUACCAAUUAUUAUUGUAAAUAAAACUAGCUGUGUUGCAGGGCUCUGCGCAAUUUUACGGCAAAUCGUUAAAGAAGUUACGGUAAAAUACCCGGAGCAUUACUGUAAGAAAUUAUUGGGAUUCAAAGAUUCGUGUUUAACAGCUUGUUCGGAAACGAGUGUAUGGACGAAAUUUUGCGAGGUAGAUUUGAUUCUAACGACAAAAUUUGUACACGCAAACGACGAAAUAAAGAAUGAAUUGCCUACCAGCAUGGCAAGAUUUGAAUGUCACAUGUCGCAACCCGUUAGACUACAUAAUUUGUAUAAAUAUACCAUGUCCAAGAAAUUUUCCGACGACAGUUUGAUUUCACCAGAAGGAUUACGUUUAUUAGAACAUACGUACGCCGAGGGCUCGUAUAUAACGCUAGCAGAUAUAAUUAUAUUCGUUUGUAUACAUAUUUUAUUAACUGUAUUUUCGAGUGAAACAACAAUGAAGUUGCUUCCACUUACAGCCAAAUGGUACAAAAAAAUGAUCGAGGAUCAAACGAUACUCGACUGUCUCGAAUUCUUGCCGCUGUUGAAGAAUCAAGACAUAACGGAAUUCCAUUAUACGCUUCCUCAAGUGGCGAAUCAGAGUUUGUAUAAAAGUGAUUCAAAGAGAUACAAACCAAGAAAUCGCAUUUACACGAGACAAGAAGACGUUGAAGAUUCGUUACAAUUGUUCAAAACGUUGAACAUACAAACCAAUCUUGACCUACAACCAUUCGGUGCAGAAUUAAAUCUGGACUGGUCGUCGAUACCGUAUGACGCUACGCCGGAAGGCGGCUCUUUACCAUCAACACGUUUGAAAAAGAAACACGAACAAUUAGAAAACAUGUGUAAGCCUGUAAUAAAAUUGGCAAAAGCGGGAGACGUCAUCGUAGAUUUUUGUUCCGGUAGUGGUCAUUUGGGUAUCCUGAUUGCAUAUCUAUUACCAUAUUGCACCGUUAUACUGUUAGAAAAUAAAGAAGAAUCACUGAACAGAGCCAAAGAAAGAGUAAAAAAACUCGGAUUAACGAACGUUAGAUUUUACCAGUGCAACUUAGAUUAUUUUAAAGGGCACUUCGACAUUGGUGUAUCGUUACACGCGUGCGGAGUAGCAACUGAUUUAGUUAUACAACAAUGCAUCAGAUUAAAUUCUAUUUUCGUCUGUUGCCCUUGUUGUUAUGGAUCGUUGCACGACUGUCACCAUUUAACUUAUCCAAGGAGCAAUGUUUUCAAGAAACAAAUGGAGCAAGAUAAAUACAUAGUUCUUAGUCAUGCUGCAGAUCAAACUCAUGACGAACAGAAUGUUAAGACGAAGCAAGGUUACGAAUGUAUGGCGAUUAUCGAUACCGACAGAAAGUUGCAAGCUGAACAAUUUGGCUACAAAGUAUAUCUUUCUAAAUUCAUACCGAACACGUGCACGCCUAAAAAUCAUGUAUUAAUAGGGAUUCCUAGAAAAGAAAAUGCGUGUUCAGAAUAUAUAAGUUGAUCGCGUUUGUAUUUUCACUGUUUUUAUAUAUAAUAUAUAUAUAUUCGCGAAUACGAAUGAACUUGAAAACUAUUCUUGCUAUUGAAUCAACGAACUUCGAAUAAAGCUAUGUUCACUCACUUAAUAGGCAAAGCGUUUCUACUUCAACUGUACAUCUGUCUUAAACUAUGAACAAAGUACGUGAUCUUGUUGCGUUAAUUUUAUUAAUAAUUGUACGAAGAGAUGUUUUUAUUGGUAUGUACAAAAGAAGGAGAAAAAGAAUUAUGUAGUAUACAAAUUAUUAGCAUCACCUUAGUGUCUUACACAGAUUUUCGUCUAUUAUUUAAAUAACUAGGGAGAACAAGAAACGAAACAAAAAGAACAGUUGUACAGAGUAUGUCGAGGAACUAGGGAAUAUUUACUUUCUGUUAUACCACUACAAGCGCUAAGUAUGUUUUCCUUUAGACAAUAUUGAAAUUUAAAUAUUCUUUUGCUUUUAUUUUUACCAUUUAACAUUCUGUUGUUUCUUUUUUUUUUUGUUUGUUUCAACACUUAAUUUUGGUCUUUUAAUAAAAUGGCUAAUGAAGAACGAAUACAGAAGAUACCAUUUAUACAUUUUUAUGUCUUUAAGAAUUGGAUUUCGUGUACUAUUUACAAUUUCAGUCAUACGAGCACAGACACACUACCACAGAGUAGGUUAGCUGUAUCUGGUAUUUCUUUCACUUAAGUAAUAAGUUUAUUUCUUAAUCGAUUCCAUCUAUCAAGCUUUUUGUCCCCGUGUGAAAGAUAAUACUUAACACCAAGAGAUCUUAAUAAUUGUAUUAAGCUAAACUAACUUCGUGGGAUGUAGCGCAAUGCACGUAAGAGAAGUUCGUAAACGUAUUUCAGUACUUUUUUUUAAAAAAGAUUUAGUAAUGCUAUAAUGACAAAAAAUCGAAACUUACAGAUAGUAUCGUUCAUAGUAAAAACUAUAUUUCUAUACGUUUAAAAACCACGAACAAAAACAAACUGUCCAAAGACCUGCUAUAAAAUAUCCCACCACAAAACAAAACGUUUUGUAAAGAAAAAUUAUAAUAUAAGAUUCUAUGGUAGUACUUAAACCUAUGUAAAUUCAUGUGCAUACAAAAAAGAUGUGUUCCAUCAUCGAGUAGUAGAGUUCUGAACAGAAAUAGAAACAAAAAAAAA